UGCGUUUGUGGGACAGGGAGAGAGAUUUGGGGGUUGCUGAGGGAAGUGGGUGACAAACAGGAGAGAGUGAGAGCUUCCAGAAUGUGAUCGGCGUUCUGCUGCAUUACACUACAAUGCUAUUUCUAUGUCGCCCUCCUCUCCCCUCCCUCAUCCCUCUCUGUGAGCAGUAGUCUCCGCUCACUCUCGCUGCCUCGCAGCUCGCUGCCCUGCCACGGAGCAUCUCUCUCUCCUAUCGACUCUACUUUCUCCUCAGUGAGGAUGACAUCCUCGAAUCUGAUGAAGCAGUGGAGCUCUCAUUCUGGCCGGAGGCUGCCGAGGGAUACCCCACAUGAGCGGGCUUACUGGACGAGGAGGUGCCGUAUCUAAGGAGCUUAGAAGAAAAAACCUGUCAGCUCUGGCAGUUCCUGGAUUAGUGACCACAUCAGUCAUCUUUCAAGAUAAGCCUGUCUCCUCGGGACAAAUUUAAUUACUUUUAGAACACUAAACAUUCAGGACUUGCCGGACAAAUGUCACAGGUAGAACAAGAGAUCUCACUGGUCCAGAGGAAGAUGUCUGACCUCGAAUCAGUGCUCCAGCAGAAAGACAUUGAGCUAAAGGCCUCAGAGACUCAGAGGACCAUCCUGGAACAGGAUCUGGCAACUUACAUCACAGAAUGCAGUAGUCUGAAGCGCAGUUUGGAACAAGCCCGUAUGGAGGUGUCCCAGGAGGAUGACAAAGCUCUGCAGCUCCUCCACGACAUCCGGGAGCAGAGCAACAAGCUACAGGAGAUCAAAGAACAGGAGUAUCACGCUCAGCUGGAGGAGAUGCGAGUCUCCAUCAGACAGUUGGAGGAGGACCUGUCUGCUGCCCGCCGCCGCAGCGACUUGUAUGAGGCCGAGCUGAAGGAGUCCCGACAAGCCAAUGAAGACCUGAAGAGGAAGGCUACAGACUACCAGCACAGGAUGCAGAAGGUCAAAGAGCAGGGCAAAGCAGAAGUCGAAGAAACGAUGGCCAAAUUGGAAAAGGCCAGUGCCGAGCAGCAGAUUAGGAUCCAGGACCUACAAGAGAAACUUUCUAAGGCAAUAAAGGCCAGUGCUGAGGCGACAGACCACCUUCAGAGUAUGAAACUGGCCAAAGAGCGUCUGGAGCGGGAUUUAGAGAGGCUUCAGAACAAGGAAGACUCCAGUGACAGCCUCCGCAGGCGUCUGCGUGAAACAGAGGAUGGAAGGAAGACUUUGGAGAACCAGGUGAAAAGGUUGGAGAUUGUGGAGCGCCGGGAGGCCAAACUGAAGGACGAGGUCCAGAGCAAGGCCCAGCAGAUUCAGCAGAUGGCAGAUAAGAUUUUGGAGCUGGAGGAGAGUUUGCGUGAGACCCAAGCCACUGCCCAGCGGCUGGAAACUCAUCUGAAACAGAAGGAAAAGCUCUAUGAAGACAAGAUAAAGGUGCUGGAGGUUCAGAUGAAGGCGGACAUGGCUGAUAAGGAGAUGCUGGAGUCCAGUCAGAGCAAAUAUGAGGAGGAGGUGCGGGAGAAGUGCGGCAUCAUCGGUGAACAGAAGGCGACCAUCAACGCCAUGGACUCAAAGAUGAACAGCCUGGAGCAGAGAAUUGCUGAGCUGUCUGAGGCCAACAAGCUGGCAGCCAACAGCAGUAUCUACACCCAGAAAAACAUGAAAGCUCAGGAGGAAAUGAUCUCGGAGCUUCGCCAGCAGAAGUUCUACCUGGAGUCUCAGGCCGGGAAGUUGGAGGCCCAGAACGCCAAACUGGAGGAGCAUCUGGAGAAAAUGAGCCAGCAGGAGCAGAGCAAUAAGAGCCGCGUAUUGGAGCUGGAAACCAGGCUCAGAGAGAUUGGGCUGGAGAACGAGGAGCAGAAGCUGGAGAUCAAGCGUCAGGUGACAGAACUGACCCUGUCUCUGCAAGAGCGCGAGUCCCAGAUAAGCAGCCUUCAGGCAGCUCGCCACGCUCUGGAGAACCAGCUCCAGCAAGCCAAGACCGAGCUGGAGGACACCACUGCAGAGGCCGAGGAGGAGAUCACCGUGCUCCGAGCUCACAGGGACGAUAUACAACGCAAGUACGAUGCCCUCAGAGACAGCUGUGCAGUUAUCACAGACCUAGAGGAGCAGCUGACCACGCUGACUCAGGAGAACGCUGAGCUCAAUCGCCAGAACUUCUAUUUGUCCAAGCAGCUGGAUGAGGCUUCGGAUGAGAGGGAGGACCGCCUGCAGCUCAGCCAGGAUGUGGACCGGCUGCGUCGGGAGGUGGCUGACCGGGAAAUGCACCUCAACAACCAAAAACAGAAUCUUGAGACACUGAAGACAACGUGCACCAUGCUGGAGGAGCAGGUCCUUGAGCUGGAGACCAUGAAUGACGAGCUGCUGGAGAAGGAGAGACAGUGGGAAGCCUGGAGGGCAACCCUGGAGGAUGAGAAGACUCAGGCUGAGAGAAGGACCAGGGAAGUCCAGAGGAUGCUGGACACGGAGAAACAGAACAGGCUUCGUGCAGAGCAGCGCAGCUCUGAGUCUCGCCAGGCGGUGGAGCAGGCGGUUAAGGAGCACAAAGCGGAGAUCCUGGCGUUGCAGCAGGCCCUCAAAGACCAGAAGCUCAAAGCGGAGAGCCUCACAGACACUCUGAACGAUCUGGAGAAGAAGCACGCCAUGCUGGAAAUGAACGCCCACAGUCUGCAGCAAAAGCUGGAGAGUGAGAGGGACGUGAAGCAGAGACUCCUGGAAGAACAAGAGAAGCUGCAGCAGCAGAUGGAUGCCCAGAAGGCCCACAUAUUCCGCCUCACCCAGGGCCUCCAGGACGCUUUGGACCAGACUGAUUUGCUCAAAACUGAGAGGACAGACCUGGAAUACCAGCUUGAGAAUAUCCAGCUCCACCUGCAGGCUGUAUACUCUCAUGAGAAGGUGAAAAUGGAAGGAACCAUCACUCAGCAGACCAAGCUCAUCGACUUCCUUCAGGCCCAGGCCCACGGGGGCUCCAAGAAGAAAAAGGGACUUUUCGGCCGUCGGCGGGAGGAUCUGUUGGCCGCCAUGGCUGCCCAGGCUCAGGGUCAAGGUCAGGGUCAAGGUCAAGGCUCCCCCAUACCCCCCAUCCAGCCGGUGCCUCUGCAGUACAGCGACAUGAAGGUGGCUCUGGAUAAAGAGCGCACUCGCUGCUCUGAGCUGGAAGAUGCUCUCCAGAAAAUGAGAGGAGAGCUGAGGUCUCUGAGAGAAGAAGCGCUUCAGUAUAAGGAUCACGGCAAUGCUGCAAACCCGGCCGCCCGCCAGCAGAUCAUCAUGGCGGCUAUGGUGAAGUCCCCUGAGCACCAGCAGGUCCCGGGGAACCUGGCUCCGUCCAGCUCCGGACGCAGGAAGGACACUCCUACCCCUGAGGAAGGAAGGAGGGUCACUUUCGAAAAGUACAGCCGGCGUCUGAAGGACAGUCAGAGAGACAGAGAGAGGGAGAGGGACAGGGUUGUGCACCACAACACCCCCCACCGCUUCACGGUGGGACUCAACAUGAGAGCCGCCAAGUGCACAGUGUGCCUGGACACUGUUCACUUUGGCCGCCAAGCGGCCACCUGCCUCGAGUGCCACGCUUUGUGCCACCCUAAGUGCUCGGCCUCCCUUCCCGCCACCUGCGGCAUGUCCAGCGACUGCUCCCUGCACCUGAGCGAGGGCCUGUGUCGGGACAAAGGAAGCUCCUCGGGCCAGUCGCUCAAGGAGGCCGGUGGCCACAUGCACCUGGAGGGCUGGAUGAAGCAGCCCAGGAACGGAAAGCGAGGCCAGGGCUGGGAGAGAAAAUAUGUUGUCCUGGAUGGCACUAAGCUGUCCAUCUACGAGAUAGAGCCCAGAGAAGAGCCGGUGAAGCCGCUGGAGGAGUUUGACCUGUGUCUGGUGGACGGAGAGGUGGUGGUUCACGGGGCUGUGGGGGCGUCCGAGCUGCCAAACACCGCCAAGUCCGAUGUUCCCUUCGUCCUGAAGCUGGAGUCCCGCUGUCACCCCCCUUGCUGGCCCGGCCAGGCCAUCUACUUCAUGGCCCCGAGUUUCCCGGACAAGCAGCGCUGGGUGGCGGUGAUGGAGUCGGUGGUGGCGGCGGGCCGAGCCUCGCGGGAGAAGGCCGAGGCUGACGCAAAGCUGCUCGGAAACUCUCUGCUGAAGCUGGAGGGAGACGACAGGCUGGACAUUAACUGCACGCUUCCUCUCACAGACCAGAUUGUUCUGGUGGGUUCUGAGGAGGGGCUGUACGCCCUGAAUGUCAUCAAAAACUCCCUGACUCACAUCCCGGGCCUGGGCUCCGUUUUCCAGAUCCAGAUCAUCAAGGAGCAGGACAAACUGCUGAUGAUUGUCGGGGACGAGAGGGCCCUGUGCUUGGUGGAGAUUAAGAGGGUGAAGCAGUGUCUGGCUCAGUCCCACCUGCCCGGCCAGGAGCUGGCUCCCUUCAUCUUUGAGACGGUGAAAGGCUGCCACCUGUUCGCUGCUGGGAGGGUGGACAAUGGGCCUUGCAUUUGUGCAGCGAUGCCCAACAAAAUCACCAUCCUGCGCUACAACGACAGCAUGAAUAAGUACUGCAUCCGAAAGGAAAUUGAAACUCUGGAGCCCUGCAGCUGCAUCCAUCUGACCAGCUACAGCAUCAUCAUCGGGACCAACAAGUUCUAUGAGAUUGAAAUGAAGCAGUAUGUGCUGGAGGAGUUCUUGGACAAGAACGACGUGUCUCUGGCGUCGGCCAUUUUCGCAGCCUCGUCUCACAGCUUCCCCAUCGCCAUCAUGCAGGUGGCCAGCAGCAUGCAGAAGGAGGAGUACCUGCUGUGCUUUCACGAGUUCGGUGUGUUUGUGGACUCGUACGGCCGCAGAAGUCGCACCGAGGAGAUCAAGUGGAGCCGUCUGCCUCUGUCCUUUGCCUACAGAGAGCCGUACCUGUUUGUCACCUACUUCAACUCGCUGGACGUCAUUGAGGUCCAGGGACACGCCGCUCUGGGCCCUGCGGUUCUGGCCCACCUGGACAUCCCAAAUCCCCGCUACCUGGGCCCGGCCAUCUCCUCGGGGGCCAUUUACCUGGCCUCGUCCUACCAGAACAAGCUGCGGGUCAUCUGCUGUAAGGGCAGCCUGAUCCGGGAGUCCGGAGAGCUGCAGCGAACCGGCUCCAGCCGCGGGAGCCCCAGCAAGCGCUGCCCCCCCACCUACACCGAGCACAUCUCCAAGCGUCUGACCUCAGGGCCCGGCAGCCACGACGGGCUGCACCGCGAGCCCAGCACCCCCCACCGCUACCGGGAGGGGCGCACCGAGUUCAGGAGGGACAAGUCCCCCGCCCGGCCGCUGGACCGCGAGAAGUCCCCCGGCAGGGUGCUGGACAGCCGCAGGGAGAGGUCACCCGGGCGGUUCGGGGACAGCGCCCGACUGCACGCCGGGUCGGUCCGGACGCAGCUGGCCCCCGUCAACAAGGUGUGGGACCAGUCGUCGGUGUGAAGCGCUGCUCGUGACCCCGCGCGAAGGAGACCUCCCUCAAUCCACCCUGAGAGCAAGCACACAACCCCCCACAGCCCUGCCCCUGCUGCUGGGGCAGGGCGCCCCUGUACAUAGAGCCCCGCUCCUCCACCGGCCCCUGGGCCUCCGGGCCCCCGCGGGUUCGAUCCCCCGGGCCCGCAGAGGAAGGGAGCCUCGUUUCUAACCGCCGCUCCUCGUUGUACAUAUCGCCGUCUGAGUUUUUUAUAGAUAAAGGGAAGAACCGGCUGGCGAAGCCAUGUCUAUUUUUUUUAAAAACCGAGUUUCUAAAGACGUCGCAGGGAGAAAAAAAAAAUGAAGCCGUCGGUUCGGAAACACCCGCUCAGCCUUUGGCCGAAAAAGGUCUUUGAAGCGCUCACGUGAGGAGAGAGAGGGCUUUUGGGGGCAUUCCUGGGCACGCGAGCGUUGCAGACUUGUUCUCGUUGCGCGACCAGCUGACUAAAUAGCCUUUCCGUACAUCGCUGCUUUGUUGACAGUCCGGACGCUUCGUCGUGUUUGUCGCUCCGCUCCGACGCCGGACGACCCCGCCCGCCGCCGCCGCCGCUUGCUCCCGGUCCGCCCAAGUACAUCCCGCUGCAUCCUGC